AUGCGGCGAGGCUUCGCCGGCAAUUGUCUGUGCGGAUUUGGCGGCAGAAACCGUGCGGGUGCGGCUGCAUUGUCUAGAGUCUCUUUGUUCGGCUGCCGGUUGCCGGCGGCGAGUGGCGGAUGCGGCGGCGUGGCCUGUGUGUUGUCGCACGGCGGUCACUGGCGUGAGUGUGAGGGGGGCACGCCUGGCCCUCUGCCGUCACCGAGAAAGCGGUGGAAUAGUCUGGAAGGGCUCUUGGUUGGUGUUGGUCCGACGCACCCGGCCAGCGUUUUCGACGACCGGCCCGUGGCUCUCGGACGCCUCGUGAGCAAAUUGUCGGAGGCGUCUUACACGGUGGAGAUGCUGGGUACUGCCGAGAGGGGUUGCCACGGGGGGAACCGCCGCCGGGCCGCGGCGCAGCUGUUGACGGUGGAUGCUGGCACGCGGGUGACGGUCAGGAUGGAGAAGGAUCCCUCGAGCACAGCGGCGGUGGCGCAGUCCGCCAUGCAUAUGAUGGGCACUAUCGUAAAGGUGGACGGAGAUGCCACGUAUGUUAUACUAAUGGAGAGCGGCGAGGUGGAGCUCUCUGUGGCACGUGAACGCAUUGUGGCGCUGCAGCCGCCGAAGAAGCUGCUCCACAGCGCGAGGCUGGUGGCGCUGGUAGGCUGGCUGCGCUCCUGCGUGCACGACCCGCGGAACGUCGAGGCCAUCGCGCUGAUCCUGUUCAGCGGCGGCUGGCGGGAGGAGCGGAUGUACCUGCUGGGUGGCGUGGAUCUCCUGCCGCUUGUGUUUGUGUCGAAGGUGGAGCUGGACAGCAUUAUGGAGAAGGUGCAGUGGGAGCGCGACCACUACAGGGCGAUGCGCAUGCUGCGCCGCGAGCGGAUGAAGGAUAGGAACUUGCGCUACGCCCUGGCCAAGUACAAGGGCACCAUGAGCUGCAUUGCCGGCGUGCUGGUGGUCGGCUACGUGUUCACGACGAACCUGCGCACGUACCGGCGGCAGCUGCGGAGCCAUCAGCUCCGGAUGGCCAUCGAGACCCUGUCAGAGGCUGCCCGGCCAUCGACGGAUGAGGGUGUGCCUGCGGCGGCCGACGAGGGCUUGGCUGUGAGGCGCGGGGACGAGGAGGCGCUUGUGCGCAAUGUGGUGACGCAGAUGGCGGCGUCGCACCCCCGCAUGGUUGCCCUCGCCGGUGGCUCUUGCGGCGGCCGGUGUGUGCCGUGUCGCGGCGCGGUGCACGUGGAGGGGGUGCCGCUGGUUCACGUGGACGUGAGCGGCACGGAGGACACCCUGCGCAGCGUUGUCGAGGCCCUGGGGGUGGGCAAUGCGGAGGUGUGCGGCGACCUGCUGGGCUUUGUGGAGGAGGCCAUGCGGGGCGCGACCGUGAAGGGCAGCGGCCGCCUUCCGUUCUUGGUGAUGAGGCUGCGCGAGGGCAGUGAUCUGGGCAGAGUGUACGGCGAAGUUGUGAGCCUGGUGAGCGAGUGCCAGGCCUGCCAUAUCAUCCUGGAGGUGCCGAUGAAGGCUCUGACCCCCUCGAACGUGUCGUUGCGGAGGCUGGAUUGUUACUGCGUCGCACCCUUCUCCCGCGGGCAGGCGUUCGCCUACACGGAACACGCGGUGGACGCGCUGGACCUGGUGUACUUUGUGGAGGUGGUGGGGACGCGCAGCAGCGACGUUGACGAGCUGUGCACUGCGCUGCGCCAGCGCGGCGCGGACCCGGUCGCGUACACGAGCCUCAUGCUUGUGAGAGCGAUGCGUCGGCUGCAAGCUGUGCUGGGACCGCCCGGCUCGCCUGCGCGUGCGGCGAUCCGACAGCUCGCCUCGAUGCCGUACACCGACGGCGUGCGUGAUGACGCCAUUGGAGCGAUGCCGGUGCUGGGGCAGCCAGAUGUGCAGGAGAUGGUGCUGUAUGAUCCG